GCAUCAAACUUCUCAUGCAGACUCAUGGUGUACGGGUCGGGCAAGAGAGUGCUAAGAAGGCAAUGAGUUUCAUUGAGGCUAUAACAGUUAUAGCAAAGGAAGAAGGCAUUAAAGGUUACUGGAAGGGAAACCUCCCCCAGGUGAUUCGGGUUGUUCCUUAUAGUGCUGUCCAGCUUUUUGCAUAUGAAAUUUACAAGAAAAUAUUCAGGGGACAGAAUGGUGAGCUCUCUGUUGUGGCAAGACUUACAGCAGGUGCUUUUGCUGGCAUGACAUCCACUUUUAUAACUUACCCAUUAGAUGUCCUGAGAUUGCGAUUAGCUGUUGAACCUGGUUAUCGAACUAUGUCACAGGUUGCCCUGGGCAUGAUAAGGGAGGAAGGAAUUGCAUCUUUCUACAGGGGCCUUGGGCCUUCGCUUAUUGCAAUAGCUCCGUAUAUUGCAGCAAACUUUUGUGUUUUUGACCUAUUGAAGAAGUCAUUGCCCGAGAAAUAUCAAAAGAGAACCGAAACAUCAAUACUCACUGCCUUGCUUUCGGCCUCGCUUGCCACACUUACAUGCUAUCCUUUGGACACUGUGCGAAGACAAAUGCAAUUGAAGGGUACGCCUUAUACAACGGUAUUAGAGGCCCUUUCAGGUAUUGUGGCACGAGAUGGAGUUGUCGGCUUAUAUCGGGGAUUUCUGCCUAAUGCUCUAAAAACCCUACCAAACAGCAGCAUCAAGCUUACCACAUAUGACCUUGUUAAGCGCCUAAUUGCUGCUAGUGAGAAAGAGUUUCAAACAAUUACAGAGGAAAACCGCAACAAACAACAGAACAUCAACAGUCAAGGAUAAUGAAACUAUUUUUCAGUGUUUUCAGCCAUUCUUUUGCUGAGUUUAAGUUUGAUGCACUAGCAGUGUAAAACAUUUUACACAGUCGUGCGAUCACAUCCGUUCUUUUGAAUGAUCAUUCACGCGGUCAAUGUGAAAGGUAGUUAUUUUUACUCAUGUGGCAUUACGUAAUUGGAUGCACAUGUAAAACUGUUUUACACUGACAGUACAUCAAAAUUAAAUUCUUCUUUUGCUACCUGAAAACAUUUCUGAGACUUCCUUUGGCCUAACUUCCACCAGUAUUCACAAUCAUACACCAGCCAAUGUUUCUGUAUAUGUUGGCCGAGAAUUUUGUAGAAUAUAGAAGUUUCUCUAGGUGCGCUGUAAAUGCAAUAUUCUUUUGAUGAAUUAAUUAUUAGCUAUGAUUUUUUCGGGAUGUUAA